AUGGGCCAAGAUUGGACUUUCACCGAAUACUACUAUGAUGAUAUGAGCCACCCGGAAAAUGCAAGGCUCAGAACAUUCAGUGAAAUUAUCGCAAAAAUUGUCACUUUUCUGAAACCGUUUCAGUGCCUUUUCGCACUGAUUGGCCUGAUUAUGAACAUGUUCCAUUUGGCAAUUAUUACUAGAAAAUCUAUGAGAACUAAUAGUGUAUAUGUUUUAAUGAUUGGAAUUACUAUUUCGGAUAUGUUCACUAUGUUUAUGGUGGUUUAUAAUAAUUUUAACGACUUUUUCAAAUUCGUUUUUUGCUCCUUCCCGGACCCCUACUGGAAAGUUCUCCUAGAACUAAUACUUGCCGCUAUUCAAGAAAUCGUUCGUCGCGUCUCCACGUGGCUCGCAUUUUUCAUGGCCUUAUUCCGAUGGCUCAUUAUUAAAAAUACCAUGAGUGGCUCACUUGGCUUCUUGUCAAAAUCCUCAUUUGCCCUGAAAACUAACAUUGGAGUACUUAUACUAAGUACCAUUAUAACCUCGCUCACUUAUUCGCAGAAGGAAGUUAAAGAUGUUGGUUUUGAAGUUAUAUCGACGUGCUGGUUUUUAGAAAAAAAUUACAAAAUUGCACAUACCUAUAGUGUAGGGAGAAGUGAAUUUAUGGACAAGAAUUUGAAUUUUGUUGAGGAAUAUGCUUUUAUGUCGGACGGAAUUCCAAAGAUGAUCGCCGCGUUCUUUCUCCCAAUCUUGGCAAUAGCUCUGGUCAGACGUCUGCGGCAAGCGGCUGAAUCAAGGAAGCACCUGUCAAACAGUAAACCACUACAAACUGAUAAAUCCAUUCGUAUGGUCACUUUUAUGACCCUAUUCUCUGUAUUUGCCGAGGGACCAAUGGGCAUUUUCUCUUUUAUUCGGUCAUUCUACUUGCGGUUCUCAUCGAUAGAAGCAAGUGUGGAAAGCCUUGAUAAAAUGCUUAUCAACUUAGUGAUAGUCAACGUCAUCGCCCAUUGUUUUAUUAGUAUGCAAAUGUCGUCACAGUACAGGGAUAUCGCAACGCAGCUGUUUUUGAGGAAAGUUAUUCGGAGAUGGAAGAAGGAUCGGGUCAGCGUUGUUCCGCAAGCUGAGAUGUCCUUAACACAUGGCCCAACAAAUGUUCAUGUUUUGUCGUAA